AUGGCGCUUGGCAGGAAGCGCAAGUCCGAGAGCGCGUCAGUCGCUAAUGAGACUACCACACCUUCCAAAAGAGUCGCUACCGGCGCUGCUUCCACCCCGGCAACUCCUGCUACCGGAGAGAAAAGAGGUAGAGGUCGACCCCGUAAGUACCCCGAAGGCUCCAAACCAGCGCCCCCUGAAGGGCCGAAAAGAGGUCGCGGUCGGCCACCGAAGGAUCCAGCCGCCAAAGGUACGCCAAAGCCAAAGACGCCUGCGAGCAGCUCACGGGGCCGCGGAAGGCCCAGAAAAAUCACUGCCCAAACAAGUGCCAGCGUGUCUACGCCCAAAACGAAUGCUUCCACAGCAAAGACAGACAAAUCGGCAAACAAUUCUGGGCCUUCCUACUGGUUGAUGAAGGCGGAGCCUGAGUCUCGCCUGGAUAAAGGAGUUGACGUGAAAUUCUCCAUCGACGACUUGCGUGAUGCUAAAGAGCCAGAGCCAUGGGACGGUGUCCGCAACGCUGGAGCCAGAAACCACAUGCAAUCCAUGAAGAAAGGAGACCUUGCUUUUUUCUAUCAUUCAAACUGCAAGGUACCGGGAAUUGCAGGUAUCAUGGAAAUCGUCCAGGAACACUCUACGGAUGAGUCUGCCUUUGAUAAAGACCAUCCUUACUACGACGAGAAGUCUAAACGUGACAACCCAAAGUGGGUUGUCGUCCAUGUUGAGUUCCGCCGCAAAUUCGAGAACUUGAUCACACUGAAUGAGCUCAAGUCCCACGCCAACGCCAAAGGACCCCUUGAGAAUCUCCAAAUGAUAAAACAGGGACGUCUUAGUGUCUCACCUGUGACUGCCGAAGAGUGGGAAUUUAUCAACAGCCUCGUGAAGAAAAGUGAGGAUGCCGACGCAGCAGAAGGCGCAAAGGAGGGGAGUGGUGCUGAAGAGAAUGCUGGAGAGAAUGCCGGAGUGAAACCCAGUGAGUGA